GCACGUAACGUAUGACGUGUACAAAAAUGGCAGCUCGCAUUGUCAGGUCGUGUGUUGUAAACAUGGAUGUAUUAUGAGAGCAUGUUCUCACAGUGACAGUGUGAUAGUAUGAUAUGAUCAAACUGGAGACAUAGUUGAAUAAGAUGAUGCCACGUGCCUGCGGGAGGCUUUAGGCAGCUGUGUCAAACCAGAAAAAACAUUACAGUCAGAGAGAGAGAGAAAUGUUUGCAGCUACACUGUCGCGAUUGUCCAGCCGAGGACAGAGGACGCUGAGUCUGUUCUCCAGCUCAGGACCUUCAAACUGGAGCAAAGUGGUGUCAGACGCAGAGAAGAUCGUCGGUUAUCCAACGUCCUUCAUGAGCCUCCGCUGCCUGCUCAGCGACGAGCUCAGCAAUGUGGCCAUGCACGUCAGGAAGCUGGUCGGGACUCAGCACCCUUUACUCAACACUGCCAGAGGCUUUGUCUAUGACAGCAAGAACAACCUUCAGAUGAGGGGACUGGUCGUCCUGCUCCUGUCGAAAGCUGCAGGGCCGAGCCACGCAGCCUCAGAUCUACUGGCUCAGGACAUGGUCAGCGGCAUCUACCCCAGCCAGCGGAACUUGGCAGAAAUCACAGAGCUGAUCCACACGGCGUUCCUUGUGCAUCGUGGGAUCGUCAAUCUGAAGGAGUGGACGGUUUCAGACGGCCCGCUGAAGGAUAUGCAGUUUGGGAAUAAGAUGGCUGUCCUAAGCGGGGACUUCCUGCUAGCGAAUGCUUGUACCGGACUGGCUGAGUUGAAUAAUACUAAGGUUGUUGAAUUGAUCUCCAGUGCCAUCGGUGAUUUAGUUCAAGGAAUCUACUACGAAAAUUCCAAUAACACAGAGGAGAAUAUUCUCACCAAUGGCGUCGACAUGGCGACGUGGGAGGAGCAGACGUUCCUGUCCCACGGGGCACUGCUGGCCAAGAGCUGUCAAGCUGCGAUGGAGCUCGCCAAACAUGACAAGGAGUCCCAAAGACUGGCCUACAAGUACGGCAAACACCUCUCUCUGGGCCACAAGCUGAACUCCGACCUGCAGCCGUUUGUGAAGAGCAGCAUGGGAGAGCCGGUGUCGUUCAGUUUUAGCGCCGCCCCCGUGGUUUUCCACCGUCAGAUCAUCGGCCAGGAGAAAUGGCAUCAGCAACUGCAGCAGGCAAGAACGCUGAGAAACCAACUCAAUUACUCAAAGCUUUUGGCAGCAGUUAAGUCGGAGAAAGGCGUGAGCUCAGCGGUGGACCUCUGCUGUUACCAUGGCAACAAGGCUCUGGAGGCCAUCCAGGCUUUCCCCUCCUCUGAGGCUCGAUCCGCCUUGGAGAACAUCGCCUCUGCCAUCACCAAAUUUUGACCUGGACUCACACAUGUGCGCACACACACACACACACACACACACACACACACACACAUACACACACACACACACACACACACACACACACUCUUGCUUCUAAAGCCUGGAGUGUCUAUGUACAGAGGCAACAGGACGAGACCCAGUGAACAGCUGACACUUGAAGAGACAAAUGAACUUCUUUUGAGCCAGGUGCUGGGUCACGUCUGGAGAAACUGUUCUGCUCUGUUCUGGAUAACAGUGUGCAUUAGAAAUGCAAUGGCAGUAUCCAUAAAUGGUCAUCAUUAAAUAAAAAAAAAUAAAAACACAUUACUUUAGCAUCAUGUCAUGCAUUGUGUUGGCUCUGAUACAUACCCUUUCCCUCCUGCAUAGGGAAAAUAUCACACCAAGCUGCAUUUUAAAACCUGGCAAUUUAUUGUUACCUUGCUUAUCAGCAGAGGCACAUACCAGGCAGAACGUAAUUUAAGAUGUUUUGAGGAACUGUUAUUGUCAUCUUGAAAAUGUGCCAUGAACGGCAAAUGAUGCACUGAGCAACAUUUAUUCUAACAAAAUUUCAUUUUUUUUUAGAAUCAGUUCACCCUGCUUGUUACUGUGCACUCACCGCUGGAUGUAGUGUGUGUACGCUAAAUUGAAGAGCAGCUCCAAACCAGUUGUAAAAAAUGUCUCAAAGUCAUGUUCUACCACGUUUGUACCUCUGCUGAUAAGCACAGCUGUAAUAAAAUGUUUUUUAAAUGGA